ACCGGAAGGGAAGAAGCCAGGGUCAGAAUGGGCCCACACUAGUUCUGUUGUGACGCUCAGAACCAGGGGCGGGGUGUCUAGGUAGUGACAUUCCGGGCACUGAGAACUUAGGAGGAGGUGAGCUGUCUCCUGCGAAGACUGCAGUGAGUACUCCGUACUGCUGGGACCAGCGGAGGAGUUGGAGCCAGAGACAGCAAGUUACCCAACCGUGCGCAGGCAGGACGCAGAGCAUCCCGGAACUCGGCUUUAACAUGUGUCCAUCUCUGUGGCAUGACCAUGCAGCUAGGCCUAACCCUGGUGGUGGGGUUAACCCUGUGCUUGGUGCAUGGCCAGGCUUUGCUGCAAGUCCCUGAGCAUCCCUUUUCUGUGCUAUGGAAUGUACCCUCAGCAAGAUGUAAGGCCCACUUUGGUGUGCAUCUGCCUCUUGAUGCCCUCGGCAUCAUAGCCAACCAUGGCCAGCAUUUUCAUGGCCAAAACAUCUCCAUCUUCUACAAGAACCAGUUUGGUCUUUAUCCUUACUUUGGACCUAGAGGCACAGCCCACAAUGGGGGAAUCCCUCAGGCUGUGUCCCUAGACCACCACUUGGCACAAGCUGCCCACCAGAUCGUCCACAGCCUAGGAUCUAGCUUUGCUGGCUUGGCAGUGUUGGACUGGGAAGAAUGGUACCCACUCUGGGCUGGGAACUGGGGCCCCCAUCGACAAGUCUACCAGGCAGCCUCUUGGGCUUGGGCACAGCAGAUGUUCCCUGACUUGGACCCUCAGGAACAGCUCUACAAAGCUCACACUCACUUUGAGCGGGCUGCCCGUGCACUGAUGGAAUACACACUGCAGCUGGGCCAGAUGCUUCGCCCGCAUGGGCUCUGGGGCUUUUAUCGAUACCCGGCCUGUGGCAAUGGCUGGCAUAAUAUGGCUUCCAACUACACAGGCCACUGCCACGCAGCUGUCAUUACCCGAAACACCCAGCUGCAUUGGCUCUGGGCUGCCUCCAGUGCUCUCUUCCCUAGCAUCUACCUCCCACCCAGACUGCCACCUGCCUACCGUCAGACCUUUGUACAACACCGCCUGGAGGAAGCCUUCCGUGUAGCCCUUAUUGGGCACGUGCAUCCUCUACCUGUUCUGGCUUAUGCUCGCCUCACACACCGGAGCUCUGGGAAAUUCUUGUCUCUGGACGACCUGAUGCAGACGAUUGGUGUGAGUGCAGCACUGGGAACAGCUGGAGUGGUGCUCUGGGGGGACCUGAGCUUCUCUAGCUCUGAGGAAGAGUGCUGGCAUCUCCAUGACUACCUAGUGGGUACUUUAGGUCCCUAUGUAAUCAAUGUGACCAAGGCUGUCAUGGCCUGCAGUCACCAGCGAUGCCAUGGCCAUGGUCGGUGUGCCCGGAAAGACCCAGGACAAAUGGAAGCCUUUCUACAUCUGCAGCCCGAUGACAGUCUUGGAGUUUGGAAGUCCUUCAGAUGCCGUUGUUACUCGGGCUGGUCUGGUCCUACCUGCCUGGAGCCUAAACCUGAGCCCAAGGAAACAAAAUAAGAGGAGUUCCAGCCUUUGCUUCUUGACCCUGUUGCCACUUUCCCAGUCCUAGAGGAAUUCCUGUUUAUGCUUUGUUUAGCUUAUGGAACUUUCCCAAGUACAUAUCCUACUUCCACCAACACAACCUUCCAUAGGAAUUCCUGGGGAAUAGAUAGGGCCUAAUAGAAAACUGGCCUCAGCCCUCUGAGAUCAUCUGACUUAAAGCAAUAAAGAAGCUGUAGGGUUAGUUCCAGGCAUUUAAGGUUACUAGCCCGGGGCUUCAUUCCUAUUCCCCAGCGUAUCUAUAGAGAAGUUCUAUCUAGGGGCAGACAACCAGUACACUUCUCCCAACAAACACACAACCCAAAAUUAAGCUAAGAUCUGUUAAAUGCUAAGCUAUUAUCUUUAUUCUUAUCCAUUAAAGUCACUCUUUCAUUACUUGAA